UGCUUAUUAUUUUACCAAACAUGAGUUGAUCAAGUUGUAAUUGAACAGACAAAUUUGAAGACAGAAAACAAAGUUUGAAACAGGGAAUUGUAUAUUUAAAGAAGUGAAUGGUAAAGCAAAAAAGUUCCGGCUAGAUAAAAAACAAAACAACGUGCUCAUCGAUUAUUUCCGGAUUUUAUUUUUAAAAUUGUAUAUGAAUCAGUUGAAGAUGGCUUCAGAAGGAUUCCAUAAUAACACAUUCGUUGACGAUCACGGAAAGCGAGUAACCGCGGACAGUUUUCGUAUGGAUGAAACGACAAACAAAGAGCGACCAGAGAAAAAACUUAAAAAUGAUGACUAUGAUCCAUAUUUACAUCGAAAAGUCAAACAUCCAAUAACAAAUACGGACACAAUUGUUCAUUUGCUGAAAGGCUCGUUGGGCACUGGAAUACUAGCUAUGCCGAAGGCAAUGUACCACGUAGGUUAUUUGGUGGGAUCGAUCGGCACAAUUGUCAUAGGCAUCAUAUGUGUUUACUGUGUACAAAUGUUGUUGAAAUCACAUUAUGAACUGUGCAAACGGAGAAAGAUAGCAAGAAUGGAUUAUACAUCGAUCUGUGAAUAUGCUAUACUCGAGGGUCCAAAGUCCGUUCAUAAAUAUGCGCCAUACGUUAAGCAUAUAGCGAAUGCAUUUUUGUUAAUGUGUCAAAUUGGCGGCUGUUGUAUUUAUGUGGUAUUCAUAGCUGAAAAUUUAAAAUCAAUUGUUGAUUAUGCCACCGAAACGAAAACCGAUGUACGUUUAUUCAUGGUGGUUGUUUUGCCGGCAAUUAUUCUUCUCAAUUCGGUGCGAAAUUUGAAGUAUCUAGCACCGCUUUCAACAUUUGCCAAUUUUGUUACCAUUGUUUCGUUUGGUAUCAUUUGUUACUUUAUCGUACGCGAACCAAUUUCAUUAGAAGGAAAACGAGCCGUCGGUCCCAUAUCCGAAUUUCCAUUCUUCUUCGGAACGGUGCUUUUCAGUUUGGAAGCAAUUGGUGUGGUCAUACCACUGGAAAACGAAAUGAAAACACCAAAAUCUUAUGUUGGAGUCACCGGCGUAUUGAAUCGCGCAUUUGUGAUUAUCGUUACCUUGUACAUUGGAAUGGGUCUGUUCGGUUAUUUAAAAUAUGGAGACGGCAUUCGAGAAUCAAUCACACUGAGUUUGGAGAUAAACAGUCGAUCAGACGAAAUUUUGGCGCAGUCGGUGAAAGGAAUGCUUGCUUUUGGCAUCUUUAUUACACAUGGUGUUGCAUGCUAUGUGGCUAUCGAUCUUACUUGGAAUAAAUAUGUUGUCGAUAAAAUUUCCAAUGAAAAGCAUAAGCUAUUUUGGGAAUAUGUCGUACGAUUUGUGAUCGUUUUAAUUACAUUUUUACUAGCUGUAGCCAUUCCAAAGUUGGAUUUGUUUAUUUCAUUGAUCGGUGCAUUGUGCUUGUCUACGCUUGGACUCAUAUUUCCCGCUUUAAUCGAAUCGAUGGUUUAUUGGCAUGAUACAUGUGGCAUACAAAGAGCUUUGAUGAUCAUGAAGAACGUGCUGAUUGCCAUAUUUGGAUUGUUUGCUGUAUUCGUUGGAACGUCAACAAGUGUAAUAGCAAUUUGGCAAAGUUUUUCCGACUAACAAAAAAAAAAACUUGAAUCGAUUUGAAUUUAUUGUUUGAACAAAUGCUGCCAUGCACAAAACAUCAAAGUAUAAUAAUUUAAGACGACGAAGAAAAAGAAGAAGAAGAAGAAGAAAAAAACACUUAAAAAUGUGAAUAUA